AUGUGUUCGAGGGUGUUUGGGAGAGGAGGAGGAAGCAGUGACCUGAAACGUAAAAUACGAUUUCGCUGUGAUCUCGUACUAGUAUGUAUAGCUAGAGCGUGGUGCGAGGUCGUGCACCGGCGGCACACGAGGCGACCGCGCACGGGCCAUGAAUCACAGAUAGACGACGACUACCGUCGGCGGGUCGACAUGGCGCUGACGCGGGCCGAAGAAUUCAAGCCGACCGCCGCGUGCCCGGCGUCGGCGGAGAGGCCGUGCGGUGAAAUGCAGCAAACGGCGGCGGCGGUGCUCGACGACGACGACGACUCUCGCUGAUCGCCGUCGCGCGGUGUCGUCUCGACUUGGCGGACGAACAGACGUCCCAGAUCGCAAUACUAUUACGAGUACGCGGGACCGACGAACAUCGGUCUGGGAAGCCGCAGGGCUUCCGUCGCGGCCGAAUCACUCCGCCUGGAGCCCGAUACUGUAGCGCAGCGCAGCAGGAGACGACAGCAGCAGACCGGAUGUCGACCGUCAGCAGACCUGUAAGGCGGCAACAGCGACAUGGUGAGAGACAUACUGGCUGAUUCGUCGAAGCUGUUGAACGUCAGCCCGGCACAAACCGGUUACCGCGCAGUCAUCAAGACGCGCAUCAACAACCGCGACCUUCCGCGCAUAUCGGACGCUUCGGUCGUAUUGGAACCGCCGGCGUUCGUGCCGAUGCCGCAACAGCACACAGCUCAACACCGGCAGAGAGCAGCACAGCAGCAGCAGCAACAGCAGCAGCAACACCAGCCACAGCUGCCGGCGCAGAACAAGCCGAAGACCGCGCCGUACCCGUUCGACGUGCCGCAGCCCGUCCGGCCGUUGCCGCCGCAACCGCCCAACCUGGUCAAACCGUUUUUGACCGGCGUACCGUUGCCCGAACAGCUGGUGCCCACCGACGGCGGUGGCCACGACGACAACGACGAGCUGAGCCCGCCGUCUUUGCAGUACGAAGACGACGUGUCGCGCCUGCCGCCGUCGUCGUCGUCCAGACGACCGGUGCAGCACCCGCAGACGGCCAAACCGCAACAGGAAUACGACUUGUUCGCGAACGGCCACGCGCACGGCGGCGCCGGUCACGGGCCUUCGACCGCGUUCAGGCCGGUGGAAAACGCCACGGAAAAAUUCACGGUGGACGCGCCUUCGUCCGCGCGACCGCCGCCCGGGCCCUCGGACAGACCGGCUGCGACGUUCGCCGUGGCCGAUAACGACACGACCACGGCGGACAGACGUGGUCGGCGUGAUCGCAUAAACGGCGACCCGCGUGAUCGGCCUCCAGUGUCGAAAAUCGUCGACCACUUGACCUCGCCCGUGGUCGCCGUCUCGCCGAUCGCGGUGACCGACCCACCGCGGCCGCGGCCACCGCGCGCCACCGCCACCGCGACCACCACCACUACGACCACCACUGCCGCCUGGUACCGGCGGGGCAGCAGCGGCUGGCGCGCAAUACGUAACUGAACGAAGUAUUACCGUAGCGAACACGUGACCGGCGUCGGUUCGGCCGUCGUCGUGCUAGAACCGUCCACUUCGGAGGAACCGCAUCGCGAUGACGCGCACAAACCUACCGACAACAAACUUCCCGGCAAGCCCGCGCAGCCCGUCAAGAAGACCCCACAACAGUCAGAAGGAUUUCCGUAUUAUUCACGUCCAGGAAUCGUACUGGACGAUCCGGAAUUCAAACCACACAUCGGAGGGCAGAGACGUCCCAUCCAAGUGCAGGUACCCAGUAAAGGUGACGUGUUCGAUAUAAUGGUAUCCGCCAUACAAGGACCAGGUGACAAGCCAGCACUACUCAAUCCUGAUGAAAUAUCUCCGUCGGGCGUCGGAAAAGGAGAAGUGUCCGUGAUAACGUCGGCAGAACCGAAUCAGCAGUUCGUGUCCAUCGACGGUAAACGCACGUACAUAAACUUGUUCGGUUCAGCGGAACCAACCGCGGUGGCACCUCAGUCCAUAAAACCGACCAGCGCUGCUUCCGGAUCAUAUUCGGUCAGUCAAGUGCUGCAACCACACGGCGCGUCAAAUGCACCGGGAUCACUACCGCCGUCGCCGCCAAGCGGUGGCAAACCGUCAGCGCCAGCCUGGAAACGACCCACACACCCACCAGUAAGGAUUGACACUUGCAUCGUGGGCGAUGAUACGACUUGCGAUGCGGCACAACAUGAAAGGUGCCGCACCGAGCUCGGCGUAUCCUCGUGCCUUUGCAGGCCCGGGUACAGCAGACGAAAGCACCGGGACCCGUGUCACAGAAUCGUAUCCAUCGUUUUUUCGCUACGCGUUGAUCGGUUAUACGACAACAAGAUCACGUGGACAGACAAGUACAAGGAUUCCGAGACCCAAGAGUACCAACAACUUGAGCACGAAGCAGUUAGAGCGAUCGAUUCGGCGUUUUCAAUGACACCAUUUUCGGAUACUUUUGUCGGCGUCAAGAUCAACAACGUUUACGUGUCAAAGACGACACCCGGCAUGCCGGUCAUGGUUAAUGCCACGGUGCAAUUGACGGAAAACGCAGAACACUUGCGGUCGUCCGUCAAGCAGGACGUGCAAAAACAGCUGACGGGCGCGCUACAGAGGCGCAACAACAACGUGGGCACCAGCGGCCUAUGGGUGGAUUCGCCGGCCGGCGCCAUAUCGCAACUUCACGAUCUUGAUGAGUGUAAUAGUCCGGAACUGAACGAUUGCCAUCCGUUGGGCAAAUGCACGAACGUGUUCGGCACGUUCCAAUGCGCGUGCCCCGACGGCUACAGGGAUCCUUGGAUUGGAAACGCUCAGCGCAGCGGCCGGACUUGCGAGACGUGUGACCCAGGCCAGUGCAACCUCCGAGGAGAAUGCUUUUUCCAGGCAGGACAGCCGGUGUGCAAGUGUUCGGGAUCGUUUUACGGGUCACAGUGCGAGAUCGACGGCGAAGUGCUGAGCGUGGCGGUCGGCUCGUCCGUGGCCGCCAUAUCCAUCAUCGUGCUGACGCUGGUGUGCCUGUGCGCGUGGAGUCGCCGCUGGAACAAGGAGCAGAAAGUCGGCUCGCCCGUGUUCGGGUACAUGCCGACCGGCGGCAGCACUGUGAAAACGCCCGUGAUCGGCGGCCCGCCGUACCAGGUUUCCAUCGAGGACCGCAUGAGGUGGGCCCAGAUCGCCGAUGCCAUGGCGCACGCCAACCACUAUGCCCCCGAACCGGUAAACGGCACCAUGCGGUCGAACAUGUUCGGGUACGCCGGUGCACCGAUGCCGCUGCCCAGGCUCCGGCCGCCGGGCACGAGCACGAUUUCGCAUGCAUUCCGCACGCCGGAGUCGAGCACCAGUGAAGAAGAGGACCGGACCGACCUGCUGGGCCGCAGCUUUCAGACUUCGUCCAGACCGAAAAGCAGAUCUUCCUUGGCCAAUCAGAGCGGAAUUUACUACGACGUGGAUUAUGAACAACAGCAGGGCGAAAUGACGUUCUCGCCCGGUUGCAUUCCGCUGAGCACGUACACCAUUGGCAGCCGCUCAAACUACUACCGAUGAUGACGAUGACGAAUAUACCGAAGAACGACGAUUAUGACGAAAAUCUCGCAAAACAGUAUAGAUGAUGAAUAUCGCACGUGUACUGUAUAUAUUAUGUUAUUAUUAUUAUUAUUAUUAUUAUUAUCAUCGUUUAAGCGACACAGACUGAGGACACAAAACGCGUUUACUCGUAAUCCAAUAAAAUAAUAAUAAUAUACCUACACUGUUAUUACUGUACACCUUACAUAUAUAGAUAAAUAUAUAUAUAUAUAUGCCAUUUAUGAAAAAAAACCAAACGUGUAAUAAUAAUUUAUGUUAAUUAUAAUUAUAUUUUUAUGUUAAAUGUUUAUACGCAUGAGCUAGUAUAAAAAUAAGCAUCCGAACAGUGCUAUGUUUUUAUCAUGAAUACAACAAUAUUAUAGUAUACCUGUAAAAGUAAUAGUAUAGUUAAUUCAGUUAAUUGUAACAUAACUAUUUGGACUUUUCGCACUUUGCGUUUUCGGCGUGACGUCACUGACCAAUUGACUUGGUGAUGCCACCCCGAGAGCGGCUGAGACAGUGCAGUUAUUAUGAUAUGAUUAUGUAUAACUGUAUCAAUGACGUUGCACGAUUAAAUAAUAUGUAAUAGGUACUUAUGUCCGUUUAAUACAUAGGUAUUAUAUGUAUUCGCAAAUUAGUA